CAGAAAUAUGGAAGUUUGUAGCAGUUGUGGCUGGAUGUGGAGUUGCUGUGGGCGUCAUCCUGCUGGUUUCUGUACUUCUCUGUAACAACAAAAGAACUGCUGGUCCCGAUGAGGUGAAAAGGCAGGAUACCAAAGUUGAAUAUUCUGACACAUACCAUAUGUACUGCACCAUCCCUGAGGAGCCAGCUGCUUCAGACCUGAUGAUGGGUCAAAUGUACAGCACGGUGCAGUCACACUGAAGCCGUUUGUACUGAACAGAGUGCAAGAGGAACAAGUCUAAAAAACUAUUUUAAAAAAACUAUGUGUUUGAAGUAAACUUUUAUAAUCCAAACUAAUGUUAGACGACUGAAAUGUAUUUCUCUCAUCAACCAAACUGAGAUUAAAAAAGAUUUAGCCAAACUUUUACCUAAAGCAAAAGUUGAGUCUUUCUAGUUUGUAAAUGUGUUUCUGUUUAAUGUUGUGUAUGCUGUUUUACAUCUAUUAUUAACACAAGUUGAAAAAAGGGAAAACCCUAAUAUAUACUGUAUAUCUAUUAAAUCGGAUGUAACUUGUAUAGUAACUCUGUGACUAUGCCCUAUAAAUGUAUUUAUACUGCUUUGAAUUUCAUUGUUUCAGUUGAUCCCUUAUCCAUUGUUUCACAUCAGUUUCCACACACACACAGAAACCAACAGACACACAGAGAAAAUAACACCAGGGGUAAAUAAAGGAAGGAAAAUAUGUCUUUGUAUUUAUUCAUCAUC